AUGGUUAUGGCACCUUCGCUUCUUACUCCUGAUGAUGUAUACGUUUUUAACAACUAUCAUCCUCAUACGAAAGACCCGGAUUCGGCUAUCGUGACCCAUUUGGAUAUCGAUCAUGGAAUAAAUGAUGCUCUCGUGUUGCGGGGUCACUCCUCCCCGAAGGAGAUGAUACUCGGUGAAUUGAAGAAACGCAUUGACAGUAUUGACAUUGCGGGGUGCGAGCCUGGUGAGGAGGAUGCGUUCUAUGUCGCAGACAUGGGCGAAGUCUAUCGCCAGCACAUGCGCUGGAAGAUGAACCUAGGCCGUAUCAAGCCUUUCUAUGCCGUCAAAUGCAACCCCGACCCAGAGGUUUUGCGCCUCAUGGCCAAGCUCGGCCUUGGUUUCGACUGUGCCUCCAAGACUGAGAUCGACCUUGCUCUCAAGACGGGCAUUGACUCAAGCCGUAUCAUUUAUGCUCAACCGUGCAAGACCCGGUCGUACCUUCGUUAUGCCCGCCAGAAAGGCGUCAAGCAGAUGACUUUUGACAACACAGACGAGCUGUAUAAGAUCAAGAACGACUUUCCGGAUGCUGAAUUGUACCUGCGUAUUCUGACUGAUGACUCAACCAGUCUGUGCCGCCUCAGCAUGAAAUUUGGUGCUUCUUUGGACACUGCUCGCCCUUUGUUGGAUUUGGCCAAGAAACUCGAGCUCAAUGUAGUUGGCGUUAGUUUCCACGUCGGUUCUGGAGCUGAAGAUCCAGGCGCUUUCCUCAAAGCCGCCCAGGACGCACGCUGGGUGUUUGAUCAAGCUGCUGAAGUUGGUUAUGAGCUGCACACUCUGGAUGUUGGCGGUGGUUUCUGCGACAACACUUUUGAAAAGUUUGCUGCCAUUUUGAGCAAGGCAGUUGACGAUUUGUUCCCAGCACAUGUUCGUAUCAUUGCUGAGCCAGGCCGCUACUACGUUGCAGCAGCUUUUACACUUGCGGCCAACGUUAUUGCUCGCCGCGAUGUGUUUGACCCACAGAAUUCAUCGGGCAGUUACAUGAUCUAUCUGAACGAUGGUGUUUAUGGCAAUUUUUCCAACAUUAUCUUCGAUCACCAACACCCGGUUGCUCAGAUUCUGACAUGUGCCAAUGGCAGUAUUCCUCCUACUCCAGGAUUGACCGCUUCAGGCUCGUCUACUCCUGAUCCAUCUGCUGGUGAUUCUCCUUGUGCUCCUGCGGGUGUUGAAUAUAGCAUCUGGGGACCUACCUGUGACGGUAUUGAUGUCAUUAGCCAGCAGAUUGUCCUGCCAGGCUUGGUUGAUGUGGGCGAUUGGUUGUAUUUUGAGGACAUGGGCGCUUACACUCGUUGCAGUGCCACUCGUUUCAACGGGUUUCCUGACAACCACAAUGUCAUCUAUAUUUCCAGCGAGAGCGGAGCAUCCGCCUUGUUGGAGUACUAG